AUGGGCCUGAGAAAGACCACCUGUGAAACUGCCUCGCCUGGCCCAGCCACCUGCCUCUCCCCACUGGGGGCAGGGAAGGGGGAAGGGGUCCCUUCCUUUGAUCCCACCCAGAAUGAGAGACCCCUUUCCGCAAGCUCGCAGCCCCGAUCAAAAGUCAGCAGCCUCAGCCCCAGGCGUGCAGCCGCCCCAAGCAGCAGCUGCAGCAGCAGGAGCUUCUCCAAGGCAGCAACAGUUGUCUGGCUGAGGCGAGGCGAGGCGAGGACUCGCUCCGGUGCCGCACGACGCCGGGACCGGCUCCUGGAGAGGCGGGGAUGGGGCUACUGCUGCUGCUGCUGCUUUUCUGCUCCUGCUAAGCGUCUGAGUCGGGCACAACCGCAUCUCUCCAAAGCUCCUUCUCUGCGGGGGCUUCCCCAGUUCUCGCCUGUUUUACCCCCUUCCGUGCUACUUAGUUUUGAAAAAGAGGAGAAGGGGGAGACCCGAGGCUGCAAAACGCCCCAAAUUAGCUUCUUCUCACUUGUCCGAAAACACACGCACCCCACCUGCUCCAGUUCCCCCUGUGAUACAAAGUCUGUUAAAAAGUUGGGGGCGGGGGACUCGCUCGCAGGAAAGGCAGGUGACCAAAACCUCCGGGAACGCAAAAGGACAGAGGGGAAAGGGCCGAAUCUUCCGUGGAAAACGGGGAAAGGGCCGGCUAAGGCUCGGAUGGAGCAGCUUCGGGAAGGUGCGGGCUUCGGCGAUCGCUGGAUGGCUGCCGUCUUCUCGACGAGUGCGCCCUCCGCGAAUGCUUUUUGGGGUAAGGGCUUCCGGCUAUUGAGUUAUGUACAGCAAGCCCAGACCGCAAAAAGAUUCACGAAGGGCAGAAUACGCCGGCUUCUUCGGUUCGCCGCCGCCGCCGCCGCCUUCAGCCCAGGAUGUCUCCGAACCCCGGAGCCGAACAGGCUGGGUCUCACCAGCGCGCUCCAUCGCGGCUCAGCCUCACCACUCCGCGCGCCGCCCGCCCCACCGCACCCCUGGACUCGUGUCUCCAUUUCUCCAGACCGUCCGCGAUCCCCCAGCUCAGCCCCUAGAGAAGUGUGUGGAGGGCGAGAAGGGGACGGCGGAGGGGCACCCGGGAUCCCGGAGCCCAGCCUCCACCCCUUUCCUGUCGCCACACUCCGCGACCCACUCACCCUCCCACGGCAUCCCCUAGGCUCCGCGACGGACAGACGCAAGCACACACCCUCCGAGCCCGACCCGGGCGCCGACCCCCUGCUCCUUACCUCGGUCUGGGGGCCACGGGAGCGCGCCGGUCCCGUCCGCACUGCAGCCAGCUGGAAGGAGCACCUCUCCUGCCGGCCAGCUCCCUCCGGUCCCUCCCCGCCCCCCACGGGUGUUUGCCCGGCGGCAAAGCGGGCUCUUCCAGGUACUCUCAGUAGCCUAGACCAAGCUAAAUAUUUCUCAAAAGGGUGUUGGUGUCACCUGAAGGACCAGGCUAGAAAGGAAAGCUGUAUUAAGCCUGAAAAACACAAUUCUCAAAAACUCUCAAAGUCCCUGAACCAACGAUGGAAGGUCAAUAGUCUUCAUUCUCUAGGUGGUGAAACCUACGUACAGAUCAGUCAGGGUAUCUGCUGGAUGGAAACAAGCUUGAAAGUGGUGGGUGCAGAUUGGAAUCAAUACGUCAUCUGCAAGGCUUGGGCUCUAAGCCAAGGCUUCGAUGAAGAGAUCAGCAGAUGA